CAAGAAAAGGGAAUAUUUGAUGUCUAUGAGCAUUUUUAGGGCGAUGCGGAAUAGUGAUAUUCGAACGGUGUCGUCGAAGAAACCUUUCUUCCAAUCGUUCUAAGAAAGUACAAAACGUUGUCAGAAACAAAAGAAAACAAUCCAACGGAGGCACGAGCCCGAAAUGAAUGUUGUUCUCAAGGUGCGUAACAGCCUACAGCGACUUCCGUGCGCCGCAAAAGCUGUGUCGUGUUUCACGUGUGGCACAGAUACGACGCUGUCGAGUGAUAGCUGCGCGGAGAUCCGAACCGGUCRCGUAAUAGAUGCCUCGUUUUGCAUGGACCUUCCGAACAAAUCUGUGACGGCUACCCAACUAUACUAUGAUCGAGUCGCGUCGGAGUCCGACUGCUACAGCAUUUCCAAUCCAUCCUAUUGCCCCUAUGAUGGCGAAGACGAAAGGGAAGAUCACAACAACAACGACAACGAUAGCCUUGCUACCCAAGCAUCAAGGACUAAAUCCGGCCUGCAAAAAUCCAAGCAUGAGUUGUCAGGCAUAUUUGAAUAUCCCGGCAAUUCUUUCAUGGAUGAUUCAUCCUACGAAACAUUCUCGCCAUACGGCAUCCCCGACGAUGAUACCCGCAGCGACGCAGAAAAUAGCACCCGCGCUCUCCCAGACAACAUCAACAAAAACAAUACUUGCGACAAACCCGAGAUGCCAGAAACCUAUCGCAACGAUCGUCGUGACAUGACCUUCAAUAAAAUUGGAUUAGGUAUAGUUGGCCUUGUGACGGAUGUGGUCACAAGCAAAGCGUCCCGGACCGCCGGUGGCGCAGGUGGUGGGGCAUCGCGUGCAAGGACCAUUCCCACAGGCAGGAUGAACACGAGCAGCGGCUUCAGGAGCAACAUAAACGAUUGGAACGGUCCUUCACAAAUAAUAGAGUCUCGCGAGGGCAGUGGCCUUGCAAAGAAGAAAAACUGCGACGGUAGCGGCGAAUCACAAACCAGGGAGCUUCCUUCCUUUGGAAAGAGCCGCGAGUUCCGGAGUUUUGGAUCCAACAGAAGCCAGAGAAGCAGCCUCGAUGACGGUUCUCUUUAUUCUCUGAAACCAACCUUCGUCACGGACGACGAGAGCCUGCUCGGGCAAAGCAUGCAAUACAGUUACAUCACACCCACGCGAUCGGCGGAGGAAACGGAAAUGGAAACGGCCUCCGCCGAGAGGGCAGAGUUUUCUAGCAUCUACCAAUCAGCGAUCUUCUUCGACGGCAGCCACGGAUUGCGAAGCCGCGAUUCCUCCUUUGAUGCCGCCGAGUAUCCCACCACCACAAUUGCAUCGAAACCACGAGACCGAGAGGGAGCUCCCUCGUCGGUGCGCCCUCGUGGAUUCAAGGGCAAGCGUCCCCCGUUUCCAUUCCUCGAUAAUGCCGGGACCGUCCCGGGGGUCUCAAAGCAACAACACCUCCGAUUGGUUCCUCCUUGAGUUUCGGUGCGUCAUUCCUGGCCUCUCCUGCAAACCCAUCUUUUAAGCCUGCCUGCUCGCACACCAAAGCGUGUUGGUGUCCGUCGUACGGCAAUUUAUAUUUUUCAAACACCAAAGCGUGUUGGUGUCUCAUGUAUUAUAUUGUAAUAUACGUAACUAAAGCUG